UUUUUUUGCCGGUGUUGGGUUGUGAUAUUUCCGACAGCCCCUGACAUACACACCAGCGGAGUCUCAUCCUGCAGCUCAAGUGUUCCUCCGGACCUCCACCACCUCUCCUCCUCCUCCUCUUCUUAACCGGGUAUCCGCCACCUUCAGCCGGCCAUGGCGCUCCGGAGCUUCUUCGUGGGAGGAAACUGGAAGAUGAACGGCAGCAGGGAGAGUCUGGAGGAGCUGAUCACCACCCUGAACACCGCCAGCCUGGACGACCAGACCGAGGUGGUGUGUGCUCCCCCCUCCAUCUACCUGGACUUCGCUCGGUCCAGUCUGGAUCUCAGGAUCGGUGUCGCAGCCCAGAACUGCUACAAGGUGGCCAAGGGAGCGUUUACAGGGGAGAUCAGUCCGGCCAUGAUAAAGGACUGCGGGGCAGACUGGGUGAUACUGGGACACUCUGAGCGCCGUCACGUGUUUGGGGAAAGUGACGAGCUGAUUGGUCAGAAGGUGGCUCACGCUCUGGAGAGUGAUCUGGGCGUGAUCGCCUGCGUCGGGGAGAAGCUGGAGGAGCGGGAAGCAGGCACCACAGAAGAAGUCGUCUACACUCAGACGCAGGUCAUUGCAGAGAACGUGAAGGACUGGGAGAAAGUGGUUCUGGCAUAUGAACCUGUGUGGGCCAUCGGCACGGGCAAGACAGCUUCACCUGAACAGGCUCAGGAGGUCCAUGAGAAGUUGAGGGCGUGGCUCCGAGCCAAUGUCUCAGACGACGUUGCCGACUCCGUGCGCAUCAUCUACGGAGGUUCAGUGACAGCAGCUAACUGCAGAGAGCUGGCGUCUCAGGGCGACGUGGACGGCUUCCUGGUGGGGGGAGCCUCUCUGAAACCAGAGUUUGUCGACAUCAUCAACGCACGUGCAUAACGGAGACAGGAGGCGUCCCUUUACAUCGUCCCAAUGUGUCCUCAAACUGGGCUGGCUGAUCCACAGACAGACGUGUGUCGAGUUACAGCAAGUUUUAUUUAGCUAAAUAUGUGUUGGUUUAGUUAAAUAAAUGGCGGUAGAAUGAAUUCAAA